AUGCAAGUUUUUCCAAGUGAAGGUGAAAGUGCUCUGUCAGUUGUUGGUCCAAGGCCAAUGGAAUGGUCUACUGUUCCAUAUAAUGCACCACAAGCUCCUGGAGCAAAUGGAAAGCAGCGGACCUCAAGUUUGGAAUCACCAAUCAUGUUGCUGUCAGGCCACCAGAGUGCUAUAUAUACCAUGAAGUUCAAUCCAGCAGGAUCAGUCGUUGCAUCUGGAUCUCAUGACAGGGAAAUUUUCCUCUGGAAUGUGCAUGGGGAUUGCAAGAACUUCAUGGUUCUGAAAGGUCAUAAGAAUGCAGUUUUAGAUCUUCACUGGACUACGGAUGGGACACAGAUAGUUUCUGCCAGCCCUGAUAAAACAGUGAGGGCAUGGGAUGUGGAAACAGGAAAACAAAUCAAAAAGAUGGUAGAACAUCUCUCAUAUGUUAAUUCAUGUUGUCCUUCCCGAAGGGGACCACCUCUUGUUGUCAGUGGCUCUGAUGAUGGAACUGCUAAAUUAUGGGAUAUGCGUCAAAGGGGUUCCAUCCAAACAUUCCCAGAUAAAUACCAGAUUACAGCUGUUGGCUUCUCUGAUGCAUCAGAUAAGAUCUUCACUGGUGGGAUUGAUAAUGAUGUCAAGAUUUGGGAUUUGCGUAAAGGUGAAGUUACCAUGACACUACAAGGUCAUCAAGAUAUGAUUACUUGUAUGCAAUUGAGUCCUGAUGGGUCCUACCUUCUUACAAAUGGCAUGGAUUGCAAGCUUUGCAUUUGGGAUAUGCGCCCAUAUGCUCCACAAAAUCGCUGUGUGAAGGUGUUGGAAGGGCACCAACACAACUUCGAGAAGAACUUGUUGAAGUGUGGUUGGUCUCCUGAUGGAAGCAAGGUAACAGCUGGUAGUUCUGAUCGAAUGGUUUACAUCUGGGAUACUACUUCUCGUCGCAUCUUGUAUAAGCUUCCUGGUCACAAUGGAUCCGUUAAUGAGUGUGUUUUUCAUCCCAAUGAGCCUAUUGUUGGAUCUUGCGGCAGCGACAAGCAGAUUUAUCUGGGGGAGAUAUGA